GUAUUUUUUCCUCGUCCAGUUUGGUCACACUACGCUGGCGUCGCUUUUUAUAAUUUCUUUGUUUCCCGCGACUUUUUAAAGCUUCUCCGGCAUUAAAAUGAGUUUUUUGAGCAAUAGCGACACGAUACAUGUGGAAGUUCGCCUGCGAGGUAAUGAUGCUCGCCCAAAUGCACUUCGAUACAAUAUUGAGAGUGCCCUAAAGGGCUAUUUUCAGACGGCAAUAAACUUGCCCCGAAAUGUGGCAUUCCAGCCGGGUCUCACGCAUGAGCACACAGCACUUGUGCGCUCCGUUCUCCUGGAGCGUGACAAUGGCGAGGCACAGCCUCUGAAGCCCGCCGAGACCAAAUAUCGCUUCCAUUUCUAUACCACUGAGCCGGAGGAAGCGCAACUUGGCCUCUUUUCAAACGAAGAAGGAUCAGAUGGCAUCGAUAGCGUCGUGGCGGCCAGUCAUGCGCUCCUACCGGCCGCUCAGUUUGUGGGUCUGUGGGAGAACCUCAUCUACGAGCCAGGACUCAAGGAGAAGCUCCUGAAGUUUGCCUCUUCGGCACUGAUGUUCUCGCUACACCGUGUGGACACGAAUGUGAUCGCCUGUAACCGACUGAUACUGCUCCACGGACCACCUGGAACAGGAAAGACGAGCCUCUGCAAGGCCCUCGCCCAGAAAUUUGCUAUCCGUACCCAAGGGAGCUAUUCUUACACCCACCUGGUGGAGAUUAACAGCCACAGCCUGUUCUCAAAGUGGUUCUCAGAGAGCGGCAAGCUGGUGGCGCGACUGUUUUACAAGAUAACAGAGCUAGUGUCAGAUCAGAACAACCUGGUUUGCGUGCUGAUUGACGAGGUUGAGUCGCUGGCCUACGCCAGGAGUGCCAUGUCUAGUAAUGAACCAAGAGACGCCAUGCGGGUAGUGAACGCUGUGCUCACCCAGCUGGAUGCCAUUAAGAGCUGUCCCAAUGUACUGAUCCUGGCCACAUCUAACCUGGCUCAAAGCAUUGACCUGGCCUUUGUGGACCGCGCUGAUAUCCGAUUGUUCAUUGGGUUUCCCAGCAUUCCCGCUAUCCGAGAAAUAUACAAGAGCAUGCUGGCUGAACUAAUGUGUUCGGGUGUUCUGCAACGCGAGGUUCUGGAGGCGGAGGACGCCGAGGAGGGUUUGCUGUCCCAAUUGGCAGAGCGCAGCAUUGGGUUAAGUGGCCGCACAUUGCGGAAGCUGCCUCUUUUGGCCCAUGUCCAGUACACCAGCAGCGCCUUGUUCGAGUUGGAUCAGAAGAUCAGUCUAUCGGACUUUCUAGACGCCAUGCUGGAGGCUUUGGAGAAGCAUUUGGGCGAGCAACGCCUGCUGAAACUGGAGUCCAUGGAGGAGCUAUAAAACAAGAGCGAAACACAGACUGAAAAAAUGAAUUUACUAAACCCACUCUAUGUUCAUCAAAUGCGAUACUUUGUAAACUUCAAUUUGCUGCUAUGAAAAACAAUCCGGUGCAGAGGCACGGGUCCAAUACCCA